AAAAGCUAUCGUUUAUCGUCUCCUUUCUUUUCAUGAAGCGAAAAAAAGCAUUUUAUCCCCUCUACCUCAAUGCAAAAGAGCGUAAAGACUUUGGCUAUGCUCUGAUAUCCAAAUAAAUUAUAAUAGUCAAUAGGUCUAUUCUCUUACUUCUUAACAAUAGUUUCAUUAGCUAGGGAUGUCGUUACGCAGAUUUAACGACACAUAUACGACAGAUAUAACGAAAAAUGAUAUUCUGUAAUUUAACGUAACGCUAAAUGUCGUUAAAAGUAUCGAUAAAGUACCGAAAUCUUAUCGUUAAGAUAUUGAGGGAUAUCGGAUAAGUCAUAACGACAACAUAACUAGACAUAUCAAUCAAUAGCAAGUUCCGAAACGGCUCCGAAUAGUAGUAUGGAAAUGUGCAAGUAUAGUAUAAUUUUAUAAUUUAAAUAUAUGAACAUCAUAAAUUUAUUUUAAACAUAUUAAAUAUAUUUUAAUAGCACGCGUACAUUCUGAAUAUGUUCUGAGAAGAUCGCAAUGCAUAUAAAUGGUGCAAGAAGUUAAAAAAAAACAAGCUUUUUUUAAAAAUGUCUGUCUCUUAAUGAUGGCGCUUGGCGUCAAGUCACAAUACGGCAUGUUAUUGGUUAGUUCGUAUAAAUAGAGGUUUAUCAGACAUAAAAAUUCAUUAAAAUUAAUUUCGAAAUUACACACAAAUAUUACUUUGUGCUAUAUCAAAUUAACAUGGUUACACGAUUAUACAUUAAUGAUAAAGAUUUAGUUGAUCGAGAAGAAUCUGUAUUGCACUUAAUGCCAUGUAAAAUUUACGGAGACGAAGCUGCGAAUGUUUCUUCUUUUUUCAAGCCUUAUAUUCGUAAAAUCGAUGAAAAACAUUAUGAUUGUUCCUUCCGUGGCUAUCCACUCCAAGGAAAAAAAAUAACUGUACCUGCUGAAUAUAAAGGCAUGAUGUUUAUGCAGAAUAAAAAAGCAGAUAUUGAAAAUAAAGAGAGAAAUUUGUAUUGCACUGGAAUCUUUUCACAAUUUACAUAUUGGAAUUAUGAUAGAAUACCAUCCAAGAAUGAUGCUCUUGCAGCUGCAUUUGAUUGGAUUGAUAUAGCUAAAGUGUUACAUUCACCAGAAACAUAAGUAUGAUAUCAGAAGAUAACACUUAUUUUAAAAGGAAGAUAUAAGAAAUAUAUGUUCUUAUCAGAUAAUAUAUUUUCAUAUCAUUCAUGAUAAUAUAUUAUCAUAUCAUAUUCAUAUCAUCAUAUUUUGAUAGAAAAAAGAGAAAGAUAAUAAAAAUAUAUUUUGUAUAACAGAUUUAUUUUUACAGCAUCAUAAUUGAAUGUUUAUAUUACAAAUAAUGCAUGUAAUCUAAGAUAAUUGAGAACCUAUAGCUAAGUGUAAAGAGAAAUAGUGGUGGAAUUGAUAAUUAGCCUAAUUAGCAGACAUUAAAGAAACAGUUUUCUAUUUAGACAUCUGUGUGGACUUAUUCUUUUUUUUAAUAUAAUAGUAUGAUUAUGAAUACAUUUUUGCAGAUUCUUAGAGGCAUAAAUCUGUUUUAUGUUUUAAGGUUACAUGUUUUAUAUGAGUUUAUAUUUAGUUUUAUAUUAAAUAUGCAUUUAUAUAGUGCUGUCGAUAGCUUAUGACCUAUAAUAAAUUAAGAAAGGAUGCAUUUGGACAUCCAUACAUGCUAUCUUAAUUAUACAAUUGUCAGAUUUACAAAAUAUAUUUUCCAGUACGUGGUAUGCAUUGAAUUAUUUAGGCCAAAGAAUGUGAUCGAUUUGCGAUAGCGUGUAUUGAAUGUGUGUGCACGACGCCUACAGAAUUGUCUUCUAAAUACACUAAAAUGAAAAACAUACAUAGAAUUAAUGAUAGUAUGUGUCUUAAAUAAAGUACAUUCGUUUACAUUAUUGUUUAUAUUAUGUCUUAAUAGUCUUUUAAUUACUUUAUAGAUAAAUGAAUAAGUUAUUAAUCUCAAUCUGAAUUAUCUUUGGCAUUGUAACAAUACUGAGGUAUAUGAUAUUUCUAGAAUUGAGACAGAACUCUGAAUGAUAUAUAUAUGAAAUUAC